AUGCAUAGCAAAUACACUGAUAAUAAGACAGACGACAAACACACUGAUGAUAAAACAGACGACAAACACACUGAUAAUAAGACAGACGAUAAACACACUGAUGAUAAAACAGACGACAAACACACUAAUAAUAAGACAGACGACAAACACACUUAUAAUAAGACAGACGACAAACACACUGAUAAUAAGACAGACGAUAAACACACUGAUAAUAAGACAGACGACAAACACACUUAUAAUAAGACAAACGACAAACACACUUAUAAUAAGACAGACGACAAACACACUGAUAAUAAGACAGACGACAAACACACUGAUAAUAAGACAGAUGACAAACAUAUUGAUGAUAAUACAGACGACAAACACACUUUUGAUAAGACAGACGACAAACAUAUUGAUGAUAAUAAGACAGAUGACAAACACAAUGAUAAUAAGACAGACGACAAACACACUGAUAAUAAGACAGAUGACAAACACAAUGAUGAUAAGACAGAUGACAAACACACUGAUAAUAAGACAGAUGACAAACACAAUGAUGAUAAAACAGACGAUAAACACACUGAUAAUAAGACAGAUGACAAACACACUGAUAAUAAGACAGACGACAAACACACUGAUAAUAAGACAAACGACAAACACACUGAUGAUAAAACAGACAACAAACACACUGAUGAUAAUACAGACGAUAAACACAAUGAUAAUAAGACAGACGACAAACACACUGAUAAUAAGACAGACGAUAAACACACUGAUGAUAAAACAGACGACAAACACACUGAUAAUAAGACAGACGACAAACACACUGAUAAUAAGACAAACGACAAACACACUGAUGAUAAAACAGACAACAAACACACUGAUGAUAAUACAGACGACAAACACACUGAUGAUAAGACAGACGACAAACACACUGAUAAUAAGACAGAUGACAAACAUAUUGAUGAUAAUACAGACGAUAAACACACUGAUAAUAAAACAGACGAUAAACACACUGAUGAUAAUACAGACGAUAAACACACUGAUAAUAAAACAGACGAUAAACACACUGAUGAUAAGACAGACGACAAACAAAAUGAUAAUAAAACAGACGAUAAACACACUGAUAAUAAAACAGACGAUAAACACACUGAUAAUAAGACAGACGAUAAACACACUGAUAAUAAAACAGACGAUAAACACACUGAUAAUAAAACAGACGAUAAACACACUGAUGAUAAGACAGACGACAAACACACUGAUGAUAAGACAGAUGACAAACACACUGAUAAUAAAACAGACGACAAACACACUGAUAAUAAAACAGACGACAAACACACUGAUAAUAAGACAAACGACAAAUACACUGAUGAUAAAACAGAUGACAAACACACUGAUGAUAAGACAGACGACAAACACACUGAUAAUAAGACAGACAACAAACACACUGAUAAUAAAACAGACGACAAACACACUGAUAAUAAGACAAACGACAAACACACUGAUGAUAAAACAGAUGACAAACACACUGAUGAUAAGACAGACGACAAACACACUGAUAAUAAGACAGACAACAAACACACUGAUAAUAAGACAGACGACAAACACAAUGAUAAUAAGACAGACGACAAACACACUGAUGAUAAGACAGACGAUUAA